AUGUACAGAGAGGCUUUGGGGGAGUACCAGACCAAAUUCCACGAUGUGAAACUGGGCUUGGCUAGGGCCAUGUCCCUAAACCUAGGGCAGGAAGUGUCCUAUAUCGAGAAUGCUUUCAGUCUGGAGUCAGGCCUAGACGUCGCUGCUAUGAAUUUUUAUCCACCAAACUUGAAUUCGAAGGGCACCAUCCGGCUGGCUGACCACACCGAUCCUGGCUUCAUCAUCUCCCUUGUCCAAAACUUGGACGGUGGCCUUCAAAUCCUAACCCAUCAAGGAAAAUGGGUUAACGUCCACAUCCCUCCCAACGCCAUCCUAAUCCAAGUUGGGGAACAUUUGGAGGUUCUAACAAAUGGCAAGUACAAGAGUCGCAUCCAUCAUGUGACGGGCAACUACAAGGCAAAAAGGAUCACCCUGGUCACACUUCAUGGGCCAUCUGCAGACAAAUUUGUUGCUCCGGCGCAAGAAUUUGUGGACGAUUCCCACCCGCUGGCUUACCGUGGAAUGACAUACUCGGAUGGGUUGAAAUCCAAUGAUAAUCAUGAGAUUGAAGUUCAAUCAUGCACUGCACAACACAGAAUUCUUCUACCCUAG